UAUGAACCGUUCGUUAGUACUAAUAUGUCUCCUGGGCUGUCUCAGUGGGACUUACGCUCAAUUCGCGGGCGUCUCAGUAAAAGCCGAAAGUCUGAUAAAAUUAGCAGAAAACUUGAAGGAAUUUGGCAGCGCUGUGGCCAGAUACAACAAUAGCCUGACCACCGCACGCAAAAGCGUGAUGGAUGAAGUGAUCGACUUGUUGGGUCAAAUGAACAUUACCUACACGAAGUUAAACGAGACGUACGGUGCUAGCCAGAGCUAUUUGGAGUAUCUGAUGAACAACAUGCAGUACUUCAAUCAAACGGUUUUCUACGCGGAAUCAUCACUGUACAUGGAGGUCAACUCGGCAUUCAUAGAUACGGUUGGUGUCCUGCAAAAGACCGUCUCUGCAAUCCUAGAAAAGUAUGAUAAUCUGUUGAGGAACAGUUACUAUGCAGGAGACAAGGGUGAUGCGUGCAUUAAGCUUAACGCCAAUAAGCUGAUCGCCGUUCCAAAUGCGUUGAAGGAGCUAACUCAGUGUUUGCACACAAAAACAAACACUGUUGAAUUUGCGUCCUCUAGUGUUGUGUACGUCGUAAGAAAUGUGAAAGCUGAUUUCAAUGCGCUCACCAACCAGCUGGGAAUAUGCAAUCCUAGUUCGACCAGUUGCAUAAAUCAGUACUUUAACUUUAUCACUGAAGAGCCAAUGAAAACACAGAUGGAACUCUACAUAGUAUAUUCUGUAUUGGGAUGGGCCUUCGAUAAUGCCCGCAUCAACAAUUACUUCUGUGGCAUUUUAUUGGAUGCUUCUAUUCAGGAUACGAUGACAGAUUUAAGCAAUGCUUUGAGUACCUGUAUGGUGUAAACCGGACUGCUUGUUCUGUUCUUUUCUCAUUCAGGAUGAAAUGGAGUAAAGUACAAAGCAUUGUGGAUGCCAUUGUGUAUGUUUUAUUUUGAGUACUAAAAUAAAAUGUGCAGAAUCAGAAAGUUUCGAAAGUUUUGAAAAAAUAUAGCGCCUUUGGUCCCGAGACCAUGAAAACUAUAGAAAACAAAUAAAAUUAAUAAUAACGAAAACAUGAUUCAAAUUUUCAACUGUAAUAUUUUUCCAAAAAAGACCAGCUAAUUGGCUUUAAUUUAAUAUAUCGAACAUCUAAAUUGGUCCAGUGGUUAUGAGUUUUAGAAAAAAGUCAUUUUUGGCAAAAAUGCGAAAAAAAUGAUUUUUUGGACCACCCUAAAAUGGAAACGGUCACCCUAACAAAAAAAUAAAAAAUACGGGUCUAAUAAUUUGCGAUAAUGAACAAAACUACCACUUUUGACGAAAAUGUGAGAACCACUAUAUCGGUUUGGCAUGGAAUGGCUGUAUAAAUAUAUUUUUUGUUUUUUGAAUUAAAGAGAAGAAUUGAAUUUAUCAUUGUUACAAUCUUCUUACAUCCCAUCCUUUUCCUAAUGAAAAUGUGACACAUUUCUAAACUCGAGUCGACCGCGAGUAAUCGUUUUCCUAUUUAAUUAACAUAGA